AUGGGUUCAGUAUAUCCAACAACCACAGGCACGGCCCUCCUCUCGCCCCGACGGUCGCCUGUCCCCUCGACAGGCCAAUCUACUGGAGAACGAGGAGGAGAAGCAAAUAUAUCACGUCCAUCACUCCCACGUCGCUCCUCUUCUCUGCACAAACAGCUCAUCACGAAACUCCGUCCACUCCCAUUCCAGUACCACUGGGCCGUGUGGCAUUCCAAACCAGACCCGCAGCAUCAAUACCUCCUCACCCCGCUCGUCGACGACGUAUCAGAUAUCGGCAAGUUCUAUCGCAUCUUCAACAACAUGCCGUGGCUGCAGAUACGACAAAACGACAGUAUCCAUAUAUUCCGUGCCGGCGUCAAGCCACUCUGGGAAGAUGCGGAAAACCAGCAGGGAGGACGUUGGUUGAUUCGAGUCCGACAUGACAAUAAUCGAGCCAUCAGGGUCUGGGAGGAGAUAUGCCUCUUGUGUUGCGGAGGGGAGUUGCAGGCCGCAAUAGCUCAAGGUGUGCACACUACCCUCUGGUCCCUUUUUGACCCGCGGCUGAUAUCCCAAGCACAGAACGUGAUCACAUACUAG